AUGGCUUUACCAUGGGUGAAUGCGUUCGAAGAUUGCGCCGACUACUCCCAGGUGGUUGAGCCCUACCUACCACAACUGUACGAACUACCUAGAAAGAUCGUUGACACCGUAUCGAACCACGAUUCUCUCGUCGAACUAUAUAAGACUACCAACCCGUUUAUAUCAGGGCUUGGAUUUUCCAUAUUCCUCGGUGCCAUAUUCCUAGUUGCUGCCGAAGUUAAUCGCAACUAUUCCCAAGUCGAUCGCAUGUGGAGUUUGUUACCUACAAUAUACAAUGCCCAUUUUGCUGCCUGGUCGCACCUAAAUAAUCUUCCAAGUCAGCGGGUAGAUCUAAUAUUGUUAUGGAGUGUUAUAUGGAGCGCUCGAUUGACUUUUAAUUAUUGGCGGAAGGGAGGCUAUGAUAUUGGGUCAGAGGACUACAGAUGGGCGAUAAUCCGAAGCAAAGUACAUCCGGUACUAUUUUCAUUAUUCAAUGCAACUUUCAUCUCGUUCAUCCAGAGCAUACUACUCUUCUUUCUGGCGGCACCGACCUAUAUUGUCUUGCUAGCUUCAAAAUUUGAGCACGAGGCCACGGCUGUGGACCUAGGUUUUACGGCUGUCGAACUUGGACUUGUCCUCUCCGAGUGGUUCAGCGACCAACAACAAUGGGACUACCAAGCAGCGAAGAAGCAGUAUCAGCAGACUGCGAAAAUCCCGCGCGGAUGCGGUUUCACACAAGAAGAUCUAGACCGAGGUUUUAUCACUUCCGGCUUGUGGGCAUACUGCAGACAUCCUAACUUUGCAGCCGAACAAACGAUCUGGAUCUUGUUGUACCAAUGGGGUUGUUACGCAAGCAAGUCCCUCUACAACUGGACGGGAAUUGGCGUUGUAGUCCUACUUAUGAUUUUUCAGGGAUCGACCUGGCUCACAGAAUUGAUCAGUGCCGAAAAAUACCCCGAGUACAAGUUGUACAAGAAGCAAAUUGGUGCUCAUAUACCUAGCCUAACUGCAUACAAAGCGCCAUCGGCAUCACCAAACAUGGCUCGGACGAGCGACGUAGCGAAGCGCCAAAAGACAAAGCAAAGGUAG